AUGAAUCCCUGGCUAUAUUCCAAAUCUACCCAAAAACAAUAUGAAGAAUUAUUCUACUUAACAUUGGAUAUGAAAAAUGCAAUUCAUGAAGAACUUACUAACUAUCUUUCAGUUAUUUUAGAAGAACUUCUUCUCGAGAAAAAUCAGGAAACAAAUGCGAUUGAUGACUUGGUAAACUCUCAAAGCCAGAUAGGAAAUAUGAAAAAAUGCCAUUUUUGUCAAGUCUCUGAUAUCGAUAAUAAGAAGCGGCUAAUAGCGUAUUCUGAAAGUGAAACCCAAGAACCUCGUACACGUCCUGGUUUUACUGGUGAAUCAA